AGUCUACUACAUUUCCUACAUUUCCUCCUGAUUUUUGCGCCUGCGCAGACUACAGCACGGGAGCUGUUCUCAUCAAACGGUGCUGGUCGGGUAUCAUUGCUAGAUAAGUUGGUCUUGCGUUGUGCAUGUAUUUUAUGGAAGCGAUGGAUGAAGAAUUAAAAUGCCCCGUUUGCGGCUCCUUUUUCCGGGACCCCAUCAUUUUACCGUGUUCUCACAAUGUGUGCUUGGCGUGCGCCCGCAAUAUCAUUGUGCAGACCCCAGAAGGCGAAGGAGCUCUGCACAGCCGUGCCUCUGGAAACUCCGACUACGACUACCUUGAUAUGGACAAAAUGAGUAUGUACAGCGAAACGGACAGCGGCUAUGGAUCCUAUACUCCGUGCCUCAAAUCUCCCAAUGGGGUGAGGGUGUUUCCCCCAGCGCCAGUGCACCGUCACUGCUCCAUCACCUGCCCCUUGUGUCAUCGUAGCGUCUCCUUGGACGAGAGAGGACUACGAGGCUUCCCACGCAACCGACUCCUUGAGGCGAUUGUGUGCAGGUAUCAGCAGAGCCGCUCGGUGUCAGUUAAGUGCCAGCUUUGUGACCGCAAUCCUGUCGAAGCCACGGUGAUGUGCGAGCAGUGCGAUGUCUUUUACUGCACGCCGUGCCAGCAGCGCUGCCAUCCUUCCCGCGGACCGCUGGCGAAGCACCGCCUGGUGCCCCCGAGCCAAGCGCCCGGCGGAAACCAACCACAGAUGUCCGCAGCUCGGAAAAUGAGCACCUGUACCGAGCACGACCUGGAGAACUACAGUAUGUACUGCGUCAGUUGCAAAACACCAGUGUGUUACCAGUGCCUAGAGGAAAGCAAGCACGGACAGCACGACGUCAAAGCCCUGGGAGCGAUGUGGAAAUUGCACAAGAGUCAGCUCUCACAAGCUUUGAACGGUGUGUCUGACAAAGCCAAGGAUGCCAAGGAGUUUCUGGUGCAGCUAAAGAACCUGCUUCAACAGAUACAGGAAAACGGUGUGGAGUUUGAAGCCUGUCUGGUUGCUCAGUGUGAUGCCCUCAUUGAUGCUCUGAACCGACAGAAGGCCAAGCUUCUCACAAAGGUCACCAAGGAGAGAGAAUACAAGCUAAAGGUUGUAAGAGACCAGAUCACACACUGUACUAUGAAGCUGCGGCAGACCACGGGGCUGAUGGAGUACUGUCUGGAGGUGCUCAAAGAGAACGACCCCAGUGGCUUCCUACAGAUCUCAGAUGCCCUGAUCAAGCGGGUGCAGUCAUCGCAGGAGCAGUGGGUGAAAGGGGCGCUGGAGCCCAAAGUGUGCCCCGAAUUUGACCUGUCCCUCAACAGUGAACCCCUGCUGCAGUCUGUACACCAGCUGGACUUCAUUCAGGUCAAAUCAGACUCGUUCACGGUGCCCCCUGCGCCAGAGCUGCAGCUGGAGAAGUGCUGCACCCGCAACAACAGUGCCACCUUGGCCUGGAGGAUCUUGAGCUUCACUCACUGCCCUAUUGAGGGCUAUGUGCUGGAGCUGGACGAUGGCAGUGGUGGUCAAUACCGGGAAGUGUAUGUGGGGAAGGAGACUGUCUGCACAGUGGAUGGCCUUCACUUCAACAGCUCUUACAACGCACGAGUCAAGGCUUAUAACUCCUCAGGCGUCGGACCCUACAGCAAAACAGUCAUUCUGAAGACGUCUGAUGUGGCGUGGUUUAGCUUUGAUCCCAGCUCGGCUCAUCGAGACAUUGUUUUGUCCAAUGAGAACCAGACCGUGACCUGCAGUAGCUACGAUGACAGGGUGGUCCUGGGUACUGCGGCCUUCUCUAAAGGAGUGCACUACUGGGAGCUCAUAGUGGAUCGCUAUGACAACCACCCAGACCCUGCCUUCGGGAUAGCCAGGAUCAACACAAUGAAGGACAUGAUGCUGGGGAAGGAUGACAAAGCCUGGGCCAUGUAUGUGGACAACAACCGCAGCUGGUUCAUGCACAACAACUCCCAUACAAACAGGGCAGAAGGAGGCAUUGCGAAAGGAUCCACAGUGGGCAUCCUGCUGGACCUGAACAAGCACACCUUGACGUUCUUCAUAAACAAGGAGCAGCACGGGCCGGUAGCUUUUGAAAACCUGGAUGGCGUGUUCAUGCCAGCAGUGAGCCUCAACAGAAAUGUGCAGGUGACACUUCAAACUGGUCUGGAAGUGCCAAAGAAUUUGAAGCAGAUGUAGGUUCAUUCACUACUCUUAGUCUGUUGAUAUCUGCAUCCUCUGUGGGCCAGACACCAUGGGAUGUGACAAGGACCCCAUUGCUAUGCCAUUUAGGGUAAUUCAGAAUGACUUGUUUUUGAAAUGUGCUGUAAGCAGGGAGUUACUAAUACCAGAUGCCAGCUAAACUGUGUUUUGACACUAUUACAGCACUAUUACAGUGUAUGAGUACACAGUGUGGAGACCAAAACAAUAACAAUACAAACAUCAGUUUAGUACUGUAAGUAGCCAGUGGAGCUGAUUUUGGUGGAGUCUCAUAUUUGAGUAUGAGGGAAUGUAGUUAAAUAUGCAUACUGUCUUGAGCUGAUAAAUAAAUCAGUUGAUAAGAAUGCAACAAAUAAUCUCUAUUGUGUAAUUGCCUAUUACACAUUACAUAUUUCAUGUUGUUUAUAGGACUACUGCAAUUCACCUAAUGUGAGGAACCCUUCUGUGAAGAUCUGUUCUGAAGUGUAUUCACUGAUGAACAGGCAAACAUGUGCAUUGUUAAAGAGAGUUCUUUCAGGUUUUUUUUGUUUAAAUCAAGAUGUCAAUGUUUUAGCCACACCUUUUUACUGAGUUUUUAACAUGUUCAGGACAACAACCAAGAUCUCCUUCACUUCUGCUUUUAACAUCUAAUCCUCCAUGAUAUCACGUCUUGAAAAGUUAUAAAUACCACAGUAAACUCUCUUCCUUGAAUCCAUCAUUCCACACAGGGGUUCUAACUUCCUCAUCCUACGGCCAGGGCAUUCAGCCUCAGCCAAAGCUUCUCAUUGCUGUCUAAACUCCUAAAAGAAUUUUCUUAUAAGGUGAUGUUUUUCCUUGUGAAUUCUACAUCAUAAAAACAGAUGAACCAACAAGUAGAGUUUACUGUGAUCAGAGAUGUGAUUGAGUAAAAAAACAGCAGGUUGAAGAUACUGUACCCAACUCAAGCCACAGGCUCCCCACCACAUUGGUGGUAGUGGAGGGGAGUCCCCAUUACCUGUAAAGUACUGUACUUUGAGUGGAGUGUCCAGAAAAGCACUGUGUAAGAGUAAGGAAUUGUAAUUAUUAACUCUCAACAAAUUGAGACCUGCUAUUAAGGGAUUCGGAUUCCUAACCAGCUAUACUAGGCAGCUAAAUCUGUUAUGUUUGGAUAUAUGGCUCAACCCACUCACCAAGUGAAAACCUUCACUGUUUUAACCAUUUAGGAGCUCAGCAGUAAGUAUUUUUAAUCACAUCCCCACUUGAGUGAGGCCCCUCCCACCUCAUUUCCUCCACUGAAUGGCUCCUGCAGUUUCUAUCCUUUGCCUGCAGGCUGAGCUGCAGUGUUAUUAAAAUGUGGU